AUGGAAUUUAAUCAAAUUUCAUUACUGAAGUUAAAUUUCAACAGUAACGAUGUCAAAAAAAGAAUAAAAAAAUAUAAAAUUAUUAACCCUGAUUCUGAAUUAGUUGAAUAUACGUUGAAUGAUCAACUUAUAAAAAAGUGGCAAAGGGCGAUAGAUACACCUAUCCCUUUAUAUUUACAUAAGAGGCAGACAAAAAAGAUUUCUGAUAAAGCUGACAUAAAAUUGAUUAUUCGUUUGAGUAAAAUAGAUCCAAAAAUGCUCAAUAUAUUAUUUUGUGACGACAAAACAAUUCCUCUUCAAUUUCUCGUUGAUAGACCAGUUAUAUUUGCUACUGGACCUACAUUCAAAAAUAUUUGGAAUUUCGUUUCAAAUCAUUUAAAAAUUUCUGAAAUUCUUUACCUACAUUUCAGUUCCAUUUUCAGAGUGGAUUUUGAUAAUUUAUUAAAUAUUUUAACAAAUGAAGGCAACAAAAUACCUAGAGUUUCACUUCAAUUUGCUACAAAUGAUCUAAACUUACUUAUAUAUUUUUGUAAUCUCAUUAUUAAGGCAAGUUAUUUACAUAGAGAGUUUGCAAAAUAUAUAACAACAUCUAUGGACUGUUCAAAGAUGGUGCCUGCCAUUAUUAUGUAUUAUUAUACGUCCGAAAGAUUAAACUUAAAAGUGAAAGAGGGAAAGGUUGAAAUUGAACAAGCUUCGAAUUUAACAUCUUCAACUUGUGAAAUUACGAAUACUACCCAUCAAAAAGUGAAAUUUUUAUUUUGUAGCCAACAAUGGAGGAGUAAAGAGAGAGAGAUUUUUAGAACUAGAAUCAGAAUAUUGAAGGAUAGGGGAUGA